AUGCUACCGUCUCACGCCCCUACCGACUCCGUCAUCGCUCUGGAAAACGUGCGCGGCACUGUUGUGGCCACUCGGAAGAUCGCGGGACACACCGACUAUGCCAUCCGCGUACAGACCGACCGAUACGGCGGCGAAGACCUCGUCUACCGCCGCUUCUCGUCCUUCCUGCAGCUGCAGCAGCUCGUGCGCCGCUACUUCCAAGAGCACGCCGCGUGCUGUGGCGGCGACAAGAGCUGCUUGCUCGCGUCUUGCCUCGAACGCGUGUUCGCAGACACUGAGUUCCCCGUGAUGCAGGGCCGCCUACUCGGCAAGAACUCGAAGAGCGUUGUGCGCGAGCGCGUGCUGUUCCUCAAUGCUUUCUUGCUCGAGCUCGAAGAGGCGCUCUGCAAGUGCCCGCCUUUGGUCAUGGCUCGUUGUGAGACGCAGGGCUGCAAGGUCACCACGUUACUAAAGAGCUUCUACGGCUGCCUCGGCGUGCCGGGUGACGACUCCAUCUAA